UGUUUUUGGCAAUUUGUCUCUCCGUGGGGGCGUGUUGGGCCGUCCUGGUACCCACACUCACUAUUGGACAGGGUGCUCUAAUUGGAAAAAGAAUGACGUCACGCCCAGGAAAGAAUAUUUUUGCCUUCCAAGACAUCCCUUACGCAUCGCCACCAGUUAGAGAACGCCGUUUUAAGGUGCUCACUGAUGAUCUGACGACUGACGCAAGCUAUGAUGAGUUAAUUACUAAACGUUCUGGGUCCACUUCCUCCACCACAGAACAGACCACAAUCACAAACUACGCAGAUCAAUUCUUGGCGUUGGCUACUUCAUUUUGUGAUAAACGGGUAGAGGUACUGAAGGAAAAACUGAAGAGAGUAACGCUGCAGAUGAGCAAGAACAAUGAAUUUUAUGAAAACCGAACCAAGGCCUUAAUUGAGAGGGAAGGUCUGCGCAGCCAAAUGUGCGAAAGCAGAGUUAGACAAGCAGGUCAACGUUCUAUCGAAACAUCCACACAAUUUAAUGUUGCACCAAUUACUUCUACGACAUUACCCACACUCGAUUAUGGAUCAAAGUACUACAAGAGCACGGAUAAGUUGAGGUGGGAAGAGGCCCGCCAGUAUUGCGAAGGUAAAGGCAUGAAGCUUGCUAGCAUUGAAACUGAAGCUGAAAACAAGGCACUCUAUGAACUCAUUGGAGAAACCUGGAGAACAUUCUGGGUGUCUGGUACAGAUUUGGACUCAGAGGGGACGUUUUAUUGGAAUGGCACAGGCUCAAAAGUAGAAGGCUUUACUAAUUUUGACAAAGGAGAGCCUAGUAAUUUCAACGGAACCGAACAUUGUCUGGAACUUGUUGCUCACGAUGGGGCUAUUUAUUGGAAUGACAAUAAUUGCAACAUUCCAUUUCAAUUCAUUUGCGAGAAAUCGCUCUAAUUUUCAGAUGUCAUAUUUGCUUGAAAUGUUCGAAAUAGCAUGGAUGUCUUGAUAUUUCAUUAAAGGGAUUUAUAAACA